GCGCCCCAUGGUGAUCGCCGCCGGGCCGCCCCUCUCCCUGCCCGCGGUCACUUCCGGCUUCGGCUACUUCCGCCUUCCGGUGUGGGGGCGCUCGCUGCUUCCGGCGGGGCGGGGAUGGCGGGCGCUGCGCGGCCCGGAGGCACGUGCCUGCUGCUGGGGGCGACGGGCGUCGGGAAGAGCCUGCUGGGGAAGCGGCUUCGCAAUAUCCGAGCGAGCUGGGGGGUCCCGGGGCGCGGGGCCGGGGUGGGGGUGUGCCGCACGCCGCUUCUGGCCCGUCCUUAACGCACCGGCACAGCUGUGCUCCCGGGACGGGGCCAAGGAGUUGGGCGAACCGCCGGCCACGAUGCCCACGGUGGGCACGAACCUGACGGACCUGACGCUGCACAAGAGGGUGACGCUGCGGGAGCUGGGCGGCUGCAUGGGCCCCAUCUGGCCCAGCUACUACGGGGAGUGCAGCGCCGUGCUGGUGAGCGCCCGCCCGGCCGCGCUGCGGGGUGGAACUGCUCCCCUCGGACCCCCCCAGCGCCUCUUCCGUCCCUCUCCGCAGUUCGUGAUCGAUGCCGCCAACCCGACCCAAGUCUCCUCAUCCUGUGUCCAGCUGCUGUCCCUCCUCUCUGCAGAGCAGCUCGCCGCCGUGCCCGUGCUGAUCCUCUUCAACAAGAUCGACCUGCCCUGCUACAUGUCACUGGUGGAGAUGAAGUCGCUGUUCCGCAUGCAGGACAUUGUGUCCUGUGCCACGCAGCCCAUCACCAUUCUGGAAACCAGUGCACGCGAUGGCACCGGCCUGGCUGAUGUCCUGCAGUGGCUUCAGGCCACCCUCAGGGACCCUAGCUGACCUG